AGGGGAGGCAGAGGAGAGAGAGAGAGAGAGAGCGGGUGACAACGGGGCUGCUGCUGCUGGUGGAGUGGGAGAAAACACGGGGAAUUACACUUUGCAGAAAAGGCACGCAGAGGAGCGGACACACACACACACACACACACACACACUUCCAAGUGGACACGCUCCCCUCCUCGACCACCUCUCCCCUCCAGUCACGUUGUCCGUGUCGUGUCUCCGGGGCUGUCACCGCACAUUGGACUCGGAGGGAACCAACACCGCCGUCCACCCUUGGAACCCAUGGGGUAACAGACUUUUGAAAGAGAGGAUUUUGUUCAGCUACCCAGAUGAACAACAGGAAGGAGGACAUGGAGAUCUCCUCUCACUACCGUCAGCUCCUCCGAGAGCUCAACGAGCAGAGGCAACACGGCAUCCUCUGUGACGCCUGUGUCAUUGUAGAUGGAAAGAUCUUUAAGGCCCACAAGAACGUCCUUCUGGGCUCCUCACGCUACUUCAAGACUCUUUACUGCCAGGUUAAAAAAGGGGCAGAGCCUCACCACCAGACUACAGUCACUCACCUGGACAUUGUGACUGCGACAGGCUUCAAAGCUAUCCUGGACUUCAUGUACUCUGCUCACCUCGCUCUCACCAGUAAGAACGUCAUUGAGGUCAUGUCGGCCGCAAGCUACCUGCAGAUGACAGACAUUGUCCAGGCGUGCCACAGCUUUAUCAAGGCCGCCCUGGACAUCAGCAUCCGCUCUGAGAUGGCGGAUGAACUAGCAGACUUUGAAAUGGGAGCUGUCACCGCAUCAGGCAUAGGAGGUGGUGGGGGCAGCGGAGGAGUUGGUGUAACGGGAGCAGGAGGAGUAGCUGGAGCGGGCUUAGGAGGAGGUGGGAUAGUGGGCAUGGCCUCGGAAGCCCUCGCCUCCAUCAUGACUGGUCGCAGCACCUCCCCCUGGCUGGCACGCCGCACCAGCCCUGCCAACUCCUCUGGGGACUCAGCUAUCGCCAGCUGCCAUGAGGGAGGCAGCACUUAUGGCAAGGAGGACCAAGAACCCCCCAAGAGCCACGAGAGCCAAGAGGAAGCUUGCCAUGACUCCCAGCCUGCUUGGCUGCAUGACUACAGGCCUGUAAGCGUUAAAGAGGAACAGGUGUCCCCCGCCUCUUCCUCGCAUCCUCGGGACACCUCCAGGGGUGCAGCCCAGAGCCAAAGGGAUCAGCUGGCAGGGGGCGCAAGUGCAGGCGGAGACGGACCCUGGCAACCCUUAACAGGGUCAGGGCGGAGGAAGAACAGGAAGAAUAAGGACACAGUCAGACAUAUAACCCAACAGGCUGAGAGGAACUGGGACAGAGAGCGGGACAGGGAGAGAGACAGGGACAGUAGGCCUGGCUCUCCUCUACCAACUAUGCUGGCUGUGGCUGGCUGGAACUACAACGGACAGGAUAUUUCAGGCGCAGAUGUGACCGAGCCCAACAGCUCAGACAGCCGUGGCGAACGCCUUGACUUUUUCCUCAAACAGGAAGAGGCUCUCGCAGCAGAGCCGGGCUUCCUGGGCACCAACGAAUCAGAGGAGGUGAGCAGAGGAGGAGGAGGCGGCUGUGGGACGAUCUCAUCGGUAGCCAACCUGAAGGCGGCACUGAUGAGUAAGAACAGCUUGCUGUCGCUGCGGGCUGAGAUGAUGGGAGAUGAUAACCCCUUGCUCUAUGAGUAUCUCCCCAAGGGAGGACACUCCCUGUCUUUGAAUGACUUCACGGUGAUCCGUAAAAAGUUCAAGUGCCCCUACUGCAGUUUCUCUGCCAUGCACCAGUGCAUCCUAAAGAGGCACAUGCGCUCCCACACUGGUGAGAGGCCCUACCCAUGUGAAAUUUGUGGCAAGAAGUUCACCCGGAGGGAGCACAUGAAGAGACACACGCUUGUCCACAGUAAAGACAAGAAGUACGUGUGCAAAGUGUGCAGCCGCGUCUUCAUGUCGGCAGCCAGCGUCGGAAUCAAACACGGCUCCCGUCGCCACGGCGUUUGUGCCGACUGCUCCGGUCGAGGCAUAGCGGCGCUGCUGGACCACAACGGCGAAGUGGGAGGGGACAUCUCUCCUGAGGAGGAGCUGUAUCCGGUCGAUCGCUUCCACGACGACCAGGCUGAGUGUGAUGGCGACGGGGAGGGCGAGGAGGAGAUGAUGGCGGAAGGGGACGGAGAGAUGAUCGGGGAAGCCGAGGAGGAUGCGGCCAAGUGGAAGGACUCGGGGAUAACGGCCAAGGCUCACCGAGAGCUGGACAAUGAGAAGGAGGAGAGCGACUCCUCGGCACAGGAGGGGGAGCAGCAGAACGGGAGCGAGAGGGACUUUUCUUGGAUCUCCUAGAACCCGCCGAUCUUGUUUGUGGCUCGGCAACCAAUCUUGAAGAUCUUUUGGGAUCUUUCAGGCCUCUCUUGACCCCACACUGGGCAGGCCUUCCUUUGGAUACAGAUGCAGUGGGGUUAUGCGCGACAAUGAUUUAUGACACACACACACACACACACGCACACACACACACUCCUCAGCUGAAAAAGAUGACAAGAUGGCUGAAGGAGAAGCUUCUUUCUGCUUACCUCCUUUUACUUCUGAUGCAGUGUUUUUAUCCUUAGCGCUCUCAAGGCGUCACUGGACAGGAUAUGGCCUGCAACUUUGUGUGUUGGCCAUCACAAUCACCAUGGAAACCCAGGGAUCGCGGUCAGCGAAGGGGGGUGUCGUGGAAAUCUUAAUCUAUUGCAAAGCUCCACGUGUCUGAGGACGAGGAGGUCCGACGGCACACUGUGGACGAGUCCUACUGCCACAGACUUGCACUUUAAUUACGCUGACUCCUAGCUAAGCCCCAGCCCUCGGUUUACAUUUCCAAUCAAGUCUUGGUGACCGCACCUACCUUUAAGGAUUUGCCCUCCUGCUGGCGUAGAAAUCUUCGUGCAGAUUGUCGUCUCAUAUAGCCUUUGCCCUCCAGAGUGCGGAGGGGGUCCUUCAUCGUCCCUUUAGUUGGAAGCACGCUUUCUGCGCUCAAGUGGCGUUUUGACACGUGUACAUAGAAAUGUCUGGACGAGAGGACCUCACCUUGAAGCGGACACGGACACGCCGUGGACCGCUUCCGGACCUUUCUGUCUCUAGCUGGGAUUCUGGCAUGAGGCUGUGACGCGACACGGCUGCCUUUAUCCUCUUUCUUUUUUCCAUUUCUUUUCUUCUCUGUCAGUCACGUAAUUCCGAGUUUCCGAAUAUGCAGAAUUUGAUUGAAGUGUGUAAAGGCUUUACGGCUCGGAAAAGGAGAGUGAAAGAUGCGCUUGAAGUUCAGUCCUUUUGCUUUGGUUUUGUAUUUAUUGAAGGUCUGUUGUGGACUCUUGAAGUCGUCCCCUACUCUCUCUCUCAUCGGAGCGAGCGGGAUGUAUGCAAGGAUGCUCUUAUUUCAGAAGAUCAGUUCAAUGUUUGACAACGUUAUUGGAGUGAGGCUGGUGUCUUAUUAUGAUUAUCACAACUGUGAUUACUGUUGGUGAUGUUACUGUUAUUAUUAUUAUUAUUAUGAUUAUUAUUAUGAUUAUUAAGUGCUGAAUGCUAAGCUUUAUUGUCUGCUCUUUUGGGGAUAUUUUAUAUCUUGUACAAUUGGGGAAAAAAGCUUUUAUACGUUGCCUUGUUGUGGACAGCAAGCCAUGGGGGCUUUUAUCAACCUUUUUAUUGUGCCAGUUGAUGCUUUUUUCUGUCGUAUUUGCUUUUUCUUUCUACGGGAUUGGGGGGCGGGGGGGACAACACCGUUAACCAUCCAUUUGAUAUCGACGGCGACAUAUAUUCUGCACACGCUUUGGCAUCACUAAUGUACACUAAUUGAUGAAUAUUGAACCAAAAACGAUCGAGUACCUUGUAUACAUAAGUGCUUUUCGUUCCAUAGCAUGUGUGCAGGUGCUUUUUUGGAUAUAUUGGCGUGGUUUUCUUGUUGUAUUUAUUUUUGUCACGCUUUGGUAAAAGUGUUCUUAUCGUGAAUAUGAAGGGCUGUGUGGCUAGCUUUGUCAUGACACACAAUCAAGGAGAAAAAUGCAGCAUGCAGACAAAACACUGUGCUGCUGCUUCUACCUGUCACCGCUUUUGCCGGCUCAUUUGCAUAAAAGGGAACGCGCACAUUAAGUAAGGCCUCGCUCCGAAAGGCGCCGUGGACUGCACUUCCCACUACAAUUCUUGUGACAACUAAUUUUAUUUUUAUUUCUUAUUUAUUGUGUUUUUGUUCACCCGUUUAUCAGAUAGCUGUGAAGACGAUAGAAGGGUGAAUUUCAGUGAAUGUUUAUUGCGAGUGUGGAAGGAGCCCAUCAUGAUUGUUGUUUUAAUGUGUGUGUGUGUGUGUGUGUGUGUGUGUGUGUGACAAACUCCCCGGCCUUGCACUCCUCUCAUAACCUCAACCUCGUCUUCUUCCUCAUACUGGGUUGUACUUCAGGAAAACGUCUGCCAUCAACCUCCUCAAAUAUGUGCCUCGAUGACCCUUAACCUGCGUGCUUGCGCUUGAGAGAAGUUGGCUGAUUAUUAUUAUUAUUAUUAUUAUUAUUAUGAUUAUUAUUAUUAUUGUUAUGAGACCUUGCUAGGCCUUGUUAGACUGAAAUCAUACAAAACAUUUCCGAGACAAAUCAAAAUAAGUGAAUUGAUUUUCCUUCCCGCCGUGUUUUUCUAACCAUCAGUGCCGUGUUGUUGUUGUUUUUUUUGUGCGUGUGGGUUUUUUUUGGGGGGGGCGGUCUUAAAAAGCAUGCCUGUGUUGAUUUUGUCAUACCAAAGCAACGUCUUCAGCAUCUGCACACAACGGUCUCAUUCCACGCGAUGCAAAACUGGAAGUGUUUGCCCUACUGCAGAUGAUUUAUGGGUAUUGUUGGAUGCGGACAUUUCGCCUGUACAGACGGAUCCACAUGUGCAAAUCAUGAAGCCAUAGAUAUGGGUAUGUCUAUUGUAUACUAUAUUUCCAAAAUUGGCGCUUUUUACUUUAGAGUGUGUUCUUCUACUAAGAGUGAUGUGUGUAUACCUUCAUAUAUAUGAAUUUAUAUGACUAUUAUAUUAUUUAUUUUCUCUCAACUUUAAGAGGGUCUUUGAUUUGUACGAGGUCGCACUUGAAGCUUGAGCUUUGUUUAUUUUCACUGGGAAUAUUGUUCAAACUGACUUUAUAUUGAUCAAUAACUUGUGUUUGUAACAAAAAGUGUUUAAAUAAUCCCCAAAAAAAGAAAGCUGUUCUGUCUUUUUUGUUUUUGGGGGGCAGAGGAAGUGCUCUUGUGCAGAUGUUUUUGGGUUGAUAGCUCUGGUCACUAAACAUUUUUACAGACUUUAUCAACCAUGAGCCUCCAGUUUUGAUGUUGGCCGAGCAAGCCUCUUUCUAACGUCAUGUUGCUUGACUAUUAUUUGCAAAAACCAAUCAGUCUCAAUAAAUUUUGAAAUUGCUGCUGUAAA